AUGGCCGACAACAACGCUACCACCCCCGUCCCCCCUCCCGCCGCAGCCGGCGCCGAGACCUCCGUUGAAAAGUCCAAGAACGCGGACAAGAACGAGGCCAAGCGCCUGGCAAAGUUGGAGAAGUUCUUGGCCAAGCAGAAGGCUGCUGCUGAAAAGACUAAGGCCGCCCCUGUUGCUAAGGAGGAGAAGAAGGCCAAGCCCGAGAAGGCUGCUGCCGCUGCCCCCGAGCCCGAGUUUGUCAACACCACCCCCAAGGGCGAGAAGAAGGACAUGUCCGAGCCCAUGGCUGCUACUUACAACCCUAAGGCCGUCGAGGCUGCAUGGAACGACUGGUGGGAGAAGGAGGGCUUCUUUGAGCCCGAGUUGACCGCUGAUGGACAGGUCAAGUCCGAGGGUCUCUUUGUCAUUGCUGCACCCCCACCAAACAUCACUGGAUCUCUUCAUACCGGACACGCUCUUGCCGUCUCUAUCGAGGAUGGACUUGCCCGCUGGAACCGCAUGUUGGGAAAGACCGUGUUGUUCAACCCCGGUACUGAUCACGCCGGUAUCUCUGCCCAGGCUGUCGUCGAGAAGCAGUUGUGGAAGGAGAGCAAGCAGACCCGCCACGACAUUGGACGCGAGGCUUUCGUCGAGAAGAUCUGGGACUGGAAGGACGUUUUCCAGGCGCGCAUCAACAACCAGGUCAGACGUCUUGGUGCUUCCUACGACUGGACCCGUGAGGCGUUCACCCUUAGCGCACCCCUCUCUAAGGCCGUCACGGAGACUUUCUGCAGAUUCCACGAGGAGGGUAUCAUCUACCGUGCUACACGUCUUGUCAACUGGUGCUCUGAGCUCAACACUGCCCUUUCUAACCUCGAGGUCGAUAACAAGGAGUUGACUGGACGCACCCUCUUGAGCGUUCCUGGAUAUGAUGCCAAGGAGAAGUUUGAGUUUGGUGUCUUGAUCUCGUUCGCCUACCCCGUCGAGGGCUCCGAUGAGAAGAUCGUUGUCGCCACCACCCGUAUCGAGACCAUGAUCGGAGAUACCGCCAUCGCCAUUCACCCCAAGGAUGAACGUUACAAGCACCUCCACGGCAAGUUCGUUAUUCACCCCUUCUCUGGACGCAGGAUCCCAAUUAUUCUGGACGACAUUGUUGUCGAUAUGGCUUUCGGUACUGGAGCUGUCAAGAUGACCCCCGCCCACGACGUCAACGAUUAUGAGGUCGGAAAGCGCCACAGCCUCGAGUUUAUCAACAUCUUGAACGACAACGGCACUUUGAACAACAACUGCGGUGAAUUCUCUGGAAUGAAGCGCUUCCACGCCCGUGUUGCCGUCUUGAAGGCUCUCAAGGAGAAGGGUCUCUACGUCGAGACUGUUGACAACGCCAUGACUGUCCCUAUCUGCUCCAAGACCGGUGACAUCAUUGAGCCCUUGAUGAAGCCCCAGUGGUGGGUCAAUUGCAAGGACAUGGCUCACGAUGCCCUCCAGGCUGUCAAGGACGGCAAGUUGACCAUCAAGCCCCAGACCUCCGAGAAGGAGUACUAUCGCUGGAUGGAGAACAUCAACGACUGGUGCAUCUCCCGUCAGAUUUGGUGGGGUCACCGUAUCCCUGCUUACUUUGUCCGUUUGGCUGGCGAGGAGCAGGAUUUCGCUGAUGGUCAGUUCUGGGUCUCUGGACGCACUGAGGAGGCUGCCCUCGAGAGCGCUCAGAAGAAGUUCCCCGGCAAGACUUUUACCUUGGAGCAGGAUCCCGAUGUCUUGGAUACCUGGUUCUCGUCUGGUCUUUGGCCCUUCUCUAUCAUGGGCUGGCCCGAGAAGACUGCCGAUUUUGAGAAGUUCUACCCUACCUCGUUGCUCGAGACCGGUUGGGACAUCUUGUUCUUCUGGGUCGCCCGUAUGGUCAUGUUGGGUAUCAAGUUGACCGGUCAGGUUCCCUUCUCUGAGGUCUACUGCCACGCCUUGGUCCGUGAUGCUCAGGGUCGCAAGAUGUCCAAGUCUUUAGGAAACGUUAUCGAUCCCGUCGACGUCAUCGAGGGUAUUUCUCUCCAGGCCCUCCACGACAAGUUACGUAUCGGAAACUUGGACCCCCGCGAGAUCGUCAAGGCCGAGCAGGGUCAGAAGAUGGACUUCCCCAACGGUAUCCCCGAGUGCGGUACUGAUGCCCUUCGUUUCUGCUUGGGUGCCUACUCUGCCUUUGGCAAGGACAUCAACUUGGAUAUUAUGCGUGUCGACGGUUACCGCAAGUUCUGCAACAAGCUCUGGAACGCCACCCGUUUCGCUCUCUUGAAGUUAGAAGAUGGCUUCUUGCCCAAUGCCACUGCCGCCAAGUCUGGCCGCGAGAGCUUGGCCGAGCGCUGGAUCCUUAGCAAGCUCAACGUUGCUGCCGUCGAGUUGAACGACCAGUUGGGUCAGCGCAACUUCAUGAAGGCCACCGAUGCCAUCUACAAGUUCUGGUUGUACGAGCUCUGCGAUGUCUACAUUGAGAUCAUCAAGCCUAUUACCGAGGGCUCUGACUUGGUUGCCAAGCGUUCUGCCCAGGAUACCCUCUAUACCUGCUUGGAAGCUGCCCUCAGGAUGUUGCACCCCUUCAUGCCCUUCUUGACCGAGGAGUUGUACCAGCGUCUGCCCCGCCGUGACGGUGACAAGAUCACCACCAUCGUCAAGUCGCCCUUCCCCGUCAACAACCCAACCUACAUUGACGAGCAGGCCGAUGCCAAUUUCGAGUUGGUCUUUGCCGUUGUCCGCAGCGGCCGUUCGCUCAUGGCCGACUACAACAUGACCAAGGGAGGCCAGAUCUACCUCUUGGGCUCGACCGAGAUUGCCAAGUUGUUGAAGUCUGAGGAGGCCGGUAUUGCGACCUUGACCAAGGGAACCAAGUCCUGCACUGUCGUCACGGAUGUUGCCGAUAUCCCCGAGGGAUGUGCCUCGCAGACUGUCCAGGAGGGUUGCACUGUCUACCUGUUGGUCAAGGGUAUGGUUGACGUCGAUGCCGAGGUCCAGAAGAUCGAGAAGAAGUUGGCCAAGGUCCAAAAGGCCAAGGAUGAUCUUGAGAAGAAGACCCAGGAUGCUACUUACUUGACCAAGGUCAAGCCUGAGAUUCGUGAGAUGAACGAGGUCAAGCUUAAGGACUAUGAGGCCGAGAUUGCUACCUUGACAAGCGGCAUUGAGAUCUUCAUGAAAUUGAAGUAA